CCGCGCCCCUUUGACCGAAGUGAAACACGAACCCUCCCUUUAGCGAGUCCCGCCUUUCUUCGACUUCCUCAAUAGGGAAGCGGGAACGGAUUCUAGCUCACUCUUUUGAAAUGGUAGAUUCGUCACACAGCUGUUGAAUUCGUCAGGGCUUUUAAAAUACAAUUUUUUUAAAAAAAUGACGGUGGCACUGUCACACGAUUUUUCCCACCAGCGGACAGCAACGACGAAGGAAUCAUUUUCGCUCCGAACCUCGUGUCGAAAGCUGUAAGUAGAGAGAGGUGUGCCUCUUUUGCUCUCUCGCCGUGUCAGCGGCACACUUGAGGCACGCAGUAGGAGCGGCUGAGGAAGGCGGUUGACGUGGAACCACCUUCGCGGCGAACUUCCGGGUUAACGGCGGUAGGGGCAGCGGCGUCUGAGAAGGAGGGAGCCUGCGGGGUUUCUCAGCGGGGGAAGCGACGCGGGAGAGCGCCUCAGCUAUGGGUGGCUUUUUUUCAACGAUCUUUUCCAGUUUAUUUGGUACACGGGAGAUGAGAAUUUUAAUCCUGGGAUUAGAUGGAGCAGGAAAGACAACAAUUCUCUACAGGUUACAGGUUGGAGAAGUUGUGACUACCAUUCCUACAAUUGGUUUCAAUGUUGAGACAGUAACCUACAAGAAUCUGAAGUUUCAAGUCUGGGACUUAGGAGGACAGACAAGCAUCAGGCCAUAUUGGCGAUGUUAUUAUUCCAAUACAGAUGCAGUCAUCUAUGUAGUAGACAGCUGUGACAGAGACAGAAUUGGAAUUUCAAAGUCUGAGCUUGUUGCCAUGUUGGAGGAAGAAGAACUAAAGAAAGCCAUUUUAGUGGUCUUUGCAAACAAGCAAGAUAUGGAACAGGCUAUGACUCCAACAGAAAUGGCAAAUGCACUUGGACUUCCAGCUCUCAAGGAUCGAAAAUGGCAGAUAUUCAAAACAUCUGCAACCAAAGGCACUGGACUUGAUGAGGCAAUGGAGUGGUUGGUGGAGACCUUGAAGAGCAGACAGUGAAAUGGACUCAAAAGUUUUCCUUUAGUUGUCAUAUGAAUUAAUGCAAUUCUGUAAAUAGGACUGACUGAAUAUUACCUUUUGAAAGGAAUGGGGUUUCAUUGCAUUGUAAAUCACAUUGAAUCAACGGAAUGUUCGUAUACUAUGUUUAAAAUAUUCCAUUCUUUUAUCUUGUGUAAGUUAUGUAUGUGACAUCAAUUUUUAUUACAGUCAUAACUGAAGUAGACCAUGAGAAAAAUUGGAAUACAUCUUUGUUACUUGGAAUUCUAAGUGUUUGAAACUAUUUAACACUAAUAAAUAUAUUUAACUAUCA